CACGUUUCGGAGGGAAUGCGGAAACCGAGAAAAGGAAUCCUCCUUCUUCCUCGCUCCUCCUCUUCCCGGCCUCCCGCAGGUAAAAGCGAGCCAGAGGAAUCCAUUAACGUCCCUUCUGCAGCCCUCCGUCUCUCUCUCUCUCCGGCACGAGAAGAUGCACGCGAAGUCGGACUCGGAGGUGACGAGCCUCGCGCCGUCGUCCCCGACGCGGUCCCCGCCGCGCCGGCCGCUCUACUACGUGCAGAGUCCCUCCCAGCACGACGGCGAGAAGAUGUCCUUCCAGUCGAGCCCCGCGGGCUCGCCGCCCCAUCCCCACUACUACGGCGUCCCGUCUCCGGUGCACCACUCCCGCGAGUCGUCCACCAGCCGCUUCUCCGGCUCGCUCAAGAAGGACGCUUCGUCCCACCACCACCACCACGGGCGCCGGCAGCCGUGGGGCAGUACGCCCACGUCGACGAACACGGGGAGGAAGAGGAAGGGGAAGAAGGCGAGGGCAGAGAGUCGGGGAUCCCUGCCCGCUGCUACUUCCCUCUCUUCGUCGUCUGCUUCGUUGUCCUCUUCUCCCUCUUCUCCCUCAUCCUGUGGGGCGCCAGCCGUUCCUACAAGCCCGUCAUCGCCGUCAAGAGCAUGACGUUCUGGAGGUUCAACGUGCAAGCGGGGAUGGACACGUCCGGGGUGGCGACACAGAUGUUGACCAUCAACUCCACCCUCAAGCUCUCCUUCACGAACCGCGCCACCUUCUUCGGCUGCCACUUCACCUCGUCGCCGCUCCGGCUGCAGUACAUGGAUCUCCGGCUCGCCUCCGGCGACAUUGAGGAGUUCUACCAGCCUAGAAAGAGCACCCGUUUGAUCUCCACAGUGGUUGAAGGCAUACAAGUGCCACUGUAUGGGGCAGGAUCCAGUCUAAGUAGCGAGCCAACAUUGGACAGCCCAAGUGUGCCUCUCACCCUCACCUUCAUGACCCGCUCAAGGGCAUUUAUACUUGGAAAACUUGUGAAGACCAAGUUCUACAUAGACAUCAAAUGCGCCAUGGAACUCAAUCAGAAGAACACGGGGAAACCUGUAAAUCUAAAAGGUGCCUGUAGCUACACCUGAGAAGGGCAGUUCUGCUUUACCAUCAAGAUGGUGAAAUCUGUCAGAAUUUAAAAAUUUUGUAUCUUGGCAGAAUACGUUUUGAUGGAAAGCAGGUGUGGCAAGUGCUUAGAGGAACGAAAAUUGUGAAGAUUGCAUUGAUGAAGGUACAGAUUAAGUGUUAAAUCAUUUGAGUUUCAGAAAAAAUCUGUCAACAUAUAGAAAGGAUUCGCUGUUGCACUUACUGUUGUUUGUUGUAUUGUAAAUAAACUUUGAUAACAUGUUAAAAUUCCUUGGUGGGCAAGCUGCAGUGAUAGCAA